AUGUGCUUCACGCCACAGUGUGCUUUGACUUUCGCUAAAACAGGCCUCGGUCUCCCACGCGAACAGGAUCCCAAUCACGAUGCGGAUGUUCCGUACCCCAUGGAGACCGACGAUGUGCUCACCGGCCCACCCGUGAACAGCACAUCCGACAACGACUCAGCCACAGAUACAACUCCGGAUGCCCCGAUCGGCAUGGACACAGAGUCCGAUCAGCCCCUCGCAAAUGACUUCGAGGCUAUGAAGGAACUGAUCCUCACCCCGUUGAUCGAGGAACCUCCCAUUUUGGAUGAUGUCAUCGACACCUGGACGGUGCCCCAGUGGCGGACGCUUCGUAAGAAGGAGCAUGGGCCCGUCUUCAAGGCUGGCGGAUAUCCUUGGCGCAUAUUGCUCUUCCCUUACGGCAACAACGUCGACCAUUGUUCCGUCUACCUAGAGCACGGUUUCGACGCAAACGAAAUCCCCGACGACUGGGUGUGCUGCGUUCAGUUCUCCCUGGUCGUCUGGAACCCCAACGACCCCUCCAUCUACACACACCACACCGCACACCACCGCUUUACAAAGGAGGAAGGCGACUGGGGCUUUACCCGUUUCGUCGAGCUUCGCCGGAUGCUCCACAAGUCCGAAGGCCGCUCAAGACCUCUCAUCGAAAACGACACGGUGAACAUUACGGCCUACGUCCGCAUCGUAAAGGACGAGACAGGUGCGCUCUGGCACAGCUUCAUCAACUACAACUCCAAGAAGGAAACGGGUUAUGUUGGUAUGAAAAACCAGGGCGCCACCUGCUACCUCAACUCGUUGCUACAAUCCCUCUACUUCACCAACAUUUUUCGAAAGGCCAUCUAUGAAAUCCCCACUGAGACCGAAGAGAGUCUCAGCAACAGCGCGUACACACUGCAGCGACUGUUCUACCAGCUGCAGACGUCAAAUACCGAUGUCAGCACCAAUGAACUGACAAAGUCCUUUGGUUGGGAAUCAAGGCAUAUCUAUGUGCAACAGGAUGUGCAGGAGCUGUGUCGCAAGCUUAUGGAGCGCAUGGAGGAGAAGAUGAAGGGUACGGCUGGCGAAAACUUCCUCGCCAAGAUCUUCUGUGGCAAGGUCAAGACGUACAUCUCCUGCAUCAACGUCAAAUAUGAGUCUAGUCGCAUCGAGGAUUUCUGGGACAUCCAGCUAAAUGUCACGGGGAACAAGGAUCUGCAGGCGAGCUUCGAGGACUACAUCAACGUUGAGAGAAUGGACGGCGACAACAAGUACUUCGCCGGCGACAAGCACAAGCUGCAGGACGCCAACAAGGGCGUCAUCUUCCAGAGUUUUCCUGAUGUCCUGCAUCUGCAACUGAAACGCUUCCUGUACGACUACUACAAAGACGCGCCGAUCAAGGUCAACGACCGACACGAGUUCCCCGAAUUCUUCGACGUGGAACCCUUCCUAGCCAAGGACGCCGACCGCUCUGAAUCGUGGGUGUACCAGCUUCACGGUGUUCUCGUGCAUAGUGGAGACUUAGACGCCGGUCACUACUACGCAUACCUGAAGCCGAAGAAGGACGGGUGGUUCUACAGGUAUGACGACGAGAAGGUGACAAAAGCUACGAAGCGAGAAGUCCUAGAGGAGAACUAUGGCGGUGCCUACCCGCCCCUACAAAACCCAUACGUGCGCCCUGGUACGAACAAAAAGUCGCCUGUUAUGCGUCCAAACAGCGCUUACAUGUUGGUGUACAUUCGCCAAUCGCGGGUCGAUAAUGUCUUGACUCCCGUUACCGAAACCGAUAUUCCCAGCCACAUCCAAAACCGCUUCCUCGAGGAGGCUGCAGCGCGCGAGGCCAAGCGCAAGGAGCGCGACGAACAGCACCUGUACAUUGGCAUGAAGGUCAUCUCAACCGACACGUUCCGCGGUCACUCCGGAUUCGACCUGACCAACUUCGACGCCAUCCCCGACUCAGACCCUGCUGCCCCUAGAGUUUACAGGAUAUUGCGUACGACAACGAUCCAGGAGGCCAUUGCUGGUAUCGCGUCGGAUAUGAGCGAGAAUCCCAAGAAAGUGAGGUUAUGGCUAAUGGUCAAUCGCCAAAACAAAACGAUCCGGCCAGAUCAGCCAAUCAUGGAUGUGCACUUGACUGUCGAGGAGACGUAUACGCGCAUAGCUUCUCACAGAGACAACAUGCUCCGCGUAUGGGCUGAGGUGGCGGACGAGGUUGGACCUGAUGGCGAGCCCAUUUGGCCCACCUUCCAGAGUCAGCCUAACGGGCAGGUGGUUAGGAACGACCUCAUCUUCAUCUUCCUCAAAUAUUUCAACGUUGAGGAGCAGACAAUCAGCGGUGUCGGGCAUGUCUACAUGAACAAGGAAAAGAAGGUGGAGGAGCUGCUUCCCCUGAUCAUGAAGAAGAUGGGAUGGGGUGACAAGCUGUCGGAUGGUGAGAAGAUUUUGCUUUGGGAGGAGAUCAAACCGAACAUGAUCGAGUCUUUGAAGCUGAAGCAGACCCUGAAGGCUGCAGAGCUGCAAGAUGGAGACAUCAUCUGCUUUCAACGCCAGCUGGACCGGAAACCGUCGGGUCAUUUCCUGGAUAAGAUUACCAGUGAUAAAUCAUCGACAGGGGACAAGUCCUCCAGCGUUGUCAAGAAAUGGGACUGGUUCGCCGAUGCCAAGGGAUACUAUGAGUUCCUGCUUAACAAGCGACAAGUCCACUUCAUGCCUCAUCCUACACGGUGUGAUACAGAAGCAUAUGGUCCGUUCGCCCUCAUGCUGAACAUCCGUAUGACGUACGACCAGCUAUCAGAGCGGGUCGGGAACCAACUCCAAGUCGACCCAACACACCUGCGUUUCUACACUGUGAACAGCAACGCGUCGGGAACUCCAAGAACAGUUGUCAAGCGCAGCGUUGCCCAAAAUCUCAACACCAUUCUUACUCCGCAGGGCUACGCCUCCCUGGGCACUUCUCAGAAGACAGACGCUCUCUACUUUGAGGUUCUCGAGAUGAGCCUAGCCGAGCUGGAAACGAAGAAGGGUAUUAGGCUUAUCCUUCUGAGCGAGGGCAUCACAAAAGACGAAACAUUUGAUCUCUUCGUCAGCAAGAAUUGCACGAUUGAGGACCUCAUUGAGGCGCUCGUCCGAAAAGCCAAAAUCGCGAGCGAGGCGGAAGGUGGAAAGAUCCGCGUCUAUGAGACAAGCGGCAUGAAGUUCUCUCGCGACCUCUCCCGAGACUACCCGGUUGUGAGUCUGAACGACUACUCGCAGAUUGUAGCGGAACGAAUCCCGAAAGAGGAGGUCGAGGCGGCCGAGGAUGCGCAGACUAUACAGGUGUUCCAAUUUCACAACGACCCGAGCAAGGUUCACGGCAUUCCGUUCCGGUUUUUGCUCAAGGAGGGUGAGCCGUUUUCUGAGACUAAGAAGAGACUCGAAAUACGGACUGGGUUCAAGGGCAAGAGCUUUGAGAAGAUCAAGUUUGCUCUCGUGCGGCGGAUGCCCUAUUCCAAGCCACAAUAUUUGGAAGAUGGGGCGGGCCUUCCGACUGGGGGCGGGCCAAACGGUGCGGACGACCCCAAUGUCAAGAGGGUCCAAGCGCUGAUGGAGUCGUGCUUUGCUAAGACGGCCAUGUCUGGUGUGGCUGGAUUUGGUCUUGGUGGUAUAUUUGGCAUGUUCAUGGCAUCACUAGCCUACGGCUUCCGCGACAUGGGCUCGCGCAGCUACUCGACGGCCAAGAACUUUGGCAAGGUCGGCGCGCUCUUCUCCGGCAUCGAGUGCGGCAUCGAGGGUCUGCGGGCCAAGAACGACAUGGGCAACGGCGUGGCGGCCGGCUGUCUGACGGGCGCGAUCCUGGCACGCAACGGUGGUCCGCAGGCGGCGGCGAUCGGCUGCGCCGGUUUCGCGGCUUUUUCGGCAGCCAUUGACGCGUACAUGCGGAUGCCGCCGAGCGAUGACUAG